UGCGGUUCCGGUCGGGCCCGCACCGGCUCCGUCCGCGCUCGCUCUGCGCCCGGACCGCGCUGAGGCCGCAUGGCGGAGGGGGACGCCGGCAGCGACCAGAGGCAGAAUGAGGAAAUCGAGGCGAUGGCGGCCAUCUACGGCGAGGAGUGGUGUGUCAUCGACGAUGGCGCCAAAAUCUUCUGUAUCAGGAUCAGCGACGACAUAGACGACCCCAAGUGGACGCUCUGCCUGCAGGUGAUGCUGCCGAGCGAGUAUCCGGGCUCAGCGCCCCCUGUGUACCAGCUGAAUGCUCCUUGGCUUAAAGGGCAGGAACGGGCAGAUUUAUCGAACAGCCUGGAGGAAAUAUACAUACAGAAUAUUGGUGAAAGUAUUCUUUACCUGUGGGUGGAGAAAAUAAGAGAUGUCCUAAUACAAAAAUCUCAGAUGGCAGAACCAGGCCGGGAGGUGGAGAAGAAAACGGAAGAGGAAGACGUGGAAAGUGAAGAUGAAGUCCUCGUGGCGUGCCAGCCCGAGACUCCAGGUCGAGCGCUGGGCUUCGACGUCAGUGCCGGUCAGACAGAAAUGGAAGAGCUGCCCCCGAUCGACCACGGCGUGCCCAUCACCGACCGGCGGAGCACCUUCCAGGCGCACCUGGCUCCGGUCGUCUGCCCCAAGCAGGUGAAGAUGGUUCUUGCCAAAUUAUACGAGAACAAGAAAAUCGCUAGCGCCACCCACAACAUCUACGCGUACCGAAUAUUCUGUGAGGACAAGCAGACCUUCCUGCAGGACUACGAUGACGACGGGGAGACGGCGGCCGGCGGGCGCCUGCUGCACCUCAUGGAGGUCCUGGACGUGAGGGACGUGCUGGUGGUGGUGUCGCGCUGGUUCGGCGGCGUCCUGCUGGGGCCCGACCGCUUCAAGCACAUCAACAACUGCGCCCGGAGCAUCCUGGUGGAGAGGAGCUACGUGGGCUCGCCGGAGGAAUCAUCGAAGGCUUUGGGGAAGAACAGAAAAGUGAGAAAGGACAAGAAGAGGAGUGAACAUUAACACCCGACACGACUUCAAGGUCCACUUACCUGUCAUCAGAUGCCAGUUCCACACUCACAGGCUGCCUGGUGCAGGGAGGGCCCCGGCCCCGCAGCCAUCCUCACGGCACCAGCAUCGUCUCCGCUCCGUGGUCACGUCAUCGCCAGCACCAAAACCUGCGCUGUGUCCCGGGGGCUCAGGCUGCUCGGCAGACGUCGCAGGAACCUCAUCACCACCCCCCGGCUGAGGAAGGGAAGUUGCCCAGGGCCGCGCCUGGACUGUCCGAUUCAGCCCGUGUCAAGUGCCUUUGGCGGUGGGGCGCGCGGUCUCGGGGAGCGUCAGCGCCUGGCUCUGUGGUCGGGACUCGCUUUGCUGAGGGACACGGCCCGCUGCUCUUUGCGGCUCAUGGACAGGACUCGCUGAGGACGGACCUGGGAGUUUCUCCCUGUGGUUUCAGUUCUCAGGGCGUCAUCCCUGGUGAGGGGCGAGGCGGGAACGCAGGCGUGUCCACCGGCAGCGACGGGCUGGCGUGACUCGUUCACACUGUGGGCUUAAGGGUUGUGCCUCGGUUUCUGCUGCAGGUUGGUGACUGUGAGUUUCAAAAAGUGAUUUUCUAGCCUCUGCCCUUUUGGUUUAAUCCUCGUGAUGUGAAGCAGGGAACAUGGUGUCAGUACCUCCCUCCCGCCCCUGACGUGUGUCUCUUCUGUGUCUUCAACCAGGAAGUACCUUUCCUGUGACCUCUGAGGAGAGGGCUGUGCUGGGAGCAAGGCUGUGGCUGACGCGGAGAGAGGAAGGGAGAGGGAGAGAGAAACAUCAGUGAUGAGAGAGAGUCACUGAUUGGCUGCCUCCUGCACGCCCCCCACUGGGCAUCAAGCCCACAACCCAGGCAUGUGCCCUGAUCGGAAUCGAAACCACGACCCUUCAGUCCACAGACCGACGCUCUAUCCACUCAGCCAAACCGGCUAGGAUGGAUUCUGAGAAAUAAGAUCUAAAUUAUAUUUGUUGUACGUGUUUAAUGUUGCCACUUAUCAAUUGUCAUCAGAGGGUGACAUAUGUAUUUAGGUAGGACACAUCAAGUUCCAUGAAAAGCUAAGUAUGUCCUAUUAUAACUUAAAAAAACUGAAGUUAAAAACUACCAAUUAGCAUGAACAUAAUGUCACGAUUUUGGCACAUCAAGCCUGUGGUAGGAGCUAUAAAACAGUCGGAAUUUGGUGCUGCAGAAAAAUAAAUGUGAGUUCAUUUUUCUGUACCACCAAAUUUGAAUUUAUUUCUUGCUGAUUUAUCUAAUAUUUACUAAGGUCUUUUAGAAAACCUUUAUUUCUGGGAUCUCAUUUUUCUUUAAAAGCAAUCUUAUUUUUGCUUCUUUCUACAGAAUUAUUAGCCACAUUUUCCUGACUAAGACACCUCAUUUCCUUUGCCCUGGCAGCUAGUUAAUGAGGAGAAUCUCAAAGUCCCCGAUUCUGGAGCCUGAGCUAUUUCAUUCUCUGUUUGGAUGGACCUCUCUCCAAUAAUCGUAUCUGUUUUUCUCUAUUUAAAAUUUAUCUCGAGUCCAGGCCCGUUUGGCUCAGUGGUCCUCGCACCGAAGGGUCGAGGGUUCGAUUCCCAGUCCAGGACACAUACCUGCGUUGCAGGUUCAGUCCCCACCCAGAAUUGGGGCUCGUGCAGGAGGCAACCCAUCGAUGUGUCUCCCACAUCAAUGUUUCUCUCUCCCUCCUCCCUCCCUUCCAUUCUCUGAAAAUCAGUGGAAAAAAUAUCCUCGGGUGAGGAUUAACAAAAAAAAUGAUUGCGAUUAGAUUUUCAAAUUCUCCAAGUAAUGUUCUCUAGCCGUCCACGUGGCGGCACAUGUACGGUGCGUUGUAUUAUUGAACGUAUUCCCCACGGGCCAGCACAGGAGCAGGUGGCGUCUGCAUUUUAAACGGGAACGAACGACUGUGGUUUGGAGGCGUGGACCACGGAACCGCCUGCGUGGAGAGGAGUGUAUCAGUGCUCUCGGCGGGAAGACGGCAGGAGGCGGGGUGUG